UGAAGAAGUUAAGAUCAUCAUCUGUGGCCAGUGUGCAGGAAAGAAACAGAUUUGAGUUGCGCCCUGCUCACCCAAACUGCGUGCUUUUCUCUGCCACCCCCAUUAACUGCGCGGCAUUACCAUCGUCAGCCGAAACGGACGCCCCAAAUAAAUCCCCACAAAACAGACACGCACACGCGGAGAGAGAGAGAGAGAGAGCGGACGAAGCGAAGCAGAAGCAGCACAUCAGGCCGCAACGCGCAAGCGCAUACACACCACCACCGCCAGACCAGCGCCAAAGCAGGGGUGGUGGAGUGAGCACCGCACCGCUGCUCCGCUCCGGCGCACCACCGAGGCCGACGAUAAAGAAAGAGAGACCCCUCCAGAGCGCGGCCAGAUGGGCGCCGGCGGCAUUCCCUGCCGCCCCCGCCCCCUCCUCCUCCUCGCCGCCGUGCUCCUCCUGCUCCUGUCCACGGCGUCGUGCGCCGACCUGUACGCGGUCGUCUACAAGGGCUGCGCCAACCAGACCUUCCCGGGCGGCGCGCCGCCGCCGACCGUCGCGGCGCUCUCCUCGGCGCUCGCCGCGCAGUCGGCCGCCGCCAAGUUCUACAAGACCUCCUCGGCGUCGGCCUCCUCGGCGUCCGCCUCCGUCUUCGGCCUCUUCCAGUGCCGCGGCGACCUCUCCGGCCCGGACUGCUCCUCCUGCGUCGCGCGCGCCAUGUCCUCCUGGCGCGACCUCUGCGGCGGCGCCGUCGCCGCCCGCGUCCAGCUCAACGGCUGCCUCGCGCUCUACGAGAUCUCCGGCUUCCCCCAGGUCUCCGGCGUCCAGAUGCUCUUCAAGACCUGCGGCUCCGGCGAGGCCGCCGCCGCCCCGGACUUCGAGACGCGCCGCGGCACCGCCUUCAGCCAGCUCGAGGGCGGAGCGGGCUCCAGCGCGGGGGGCUUCUUCGCCACCAGCUUCCAGCAGGUGUACGCGCUGGCGCAGUGCGAGGGCGACCUCUCCAACGUCGACUGCAGCAACUGCGUCACCCAGGCCGUGCAGCGCGUCGCCGUCGAGUGCGGCGGCGCCCCCUCCGGCCAGGUCUACCUCGACAAGUGCUACAUUACCUACAGCUACUACCCCCACGGCGUGCCCCACGGCGGUGGCGGCGGCCUCGGAGGGCAGCAGACAGCCAAGACUGUAGCCAUCGUGCUGGGUGGAGCCUUGGUCCUGGGUUUCCUGGUCAUCUGCUUGCUCUUCGCCAGAAGCCUGGUCAAGAAGAAGGACGAUUACUGACCUGGAAGCAUGGAGGGAGGUAGCAACUGGACAAAGGAAAGCAUUGGGGCAUGGUGUGCAUUUUCGAUGGGGGCGUUGGAGGGUGGUGGUGAGUGGGAUACAGAGGGGACUGUUUUUUGGCUCUUGUUCCUCUGGCCAUGUGGCGUGAGGGGGGUGCCAUGCCAUGCCAUACCCACAUCGCAUGCAUGAUGAGAGAGAGGGGUAAAAAGGAGAGGGAGGAGGCAAGUUCAGAAAAAGAGACUGUUCUUUCCUUUGGGGCGGGCUGGUUGGGGCUCAUGUGUGAAUCGAUUGGAAUGGAACAUGUUUUUGUCUUUGGGCUGCACUGCACUAGCAAUAGUAGUAGACUAGUAGUACCACCACCCUCUCUUGCUUAAUUUAGGGCUCUAGGAGGUACUCCCUCUGUAAACUAAUAUAAGAGCGUUUAGAUAAUUAAAAUAAUGAUCUAAAUGCUCUUAUAUUAGUUUACGGAGGGAGUACAUUGAUUCUCUCGUUUUCCUGAAAGGAAACUACAUGUAGGUCUAUGUAGAAAGUAAUCUUAGUCUAGCGUCCUGUGAUCUAGCCGCAGAUUCGGACUCUGACCUGGUUGGAUAGUUUUCAUGGCAAUUGCUCUAAGCUAGCAUAUCUUUUAGAGCAGAGCAGGGGUUUAACUUGGUUUAUAUAUUUAUUAUUGGUCA